CGCGAGUCAUCGUGCUGGAGACUGGCAAUUUUCUAUAUAUGUACCCCAAGGAGGGUUCGUGAGAUCUAUCAGACCCCGGGAAAUUGAUCGUUCCACAUUCUGUCAGCAUGGACAGCAUCACGCCUGAAUAUGCUAGCGAGACCAAAGGGCCCCGGAUUCUAGGGGUCUUCUGGUCUUUCUUUAUUGUUAGCGUUCUGAUGGUGUCGGCGCGGCUGUAUAUCCGGAUACGAUGGCUGAAGAAUAUUGGCCUGGACGACUACAUUAUUGCAGUAGCAAUGCUAAUUAUCCGGAUCAUGCUGUCAGGAUACACCGUCGUAACAACCGUGAACGUCGGCCUCGGAUACGGAAAACACACCCCCGUCAUCACCCAAGAAGGAGGCAUGGACCUGCUGGUCAAAGUACUACUCAUCAACUACGCCGAUUUCGCGCUGGGGAUCAUGUCCUUCACGACACCGAAACUCGCCAUCGCCGCCCUGUUAAACCGAAUCAUGAAUCCUAGCAAGUUCCACCGGGUCUGGCUCUGGUUCCUCACAGCCCUUGUCUUCAUCUCCUCAUCCAUUUGCAUUGUCGUGCUAUUUACGAUGUGUGAUCCGCCGGAAGGGCUGUGGAAGAUUCAGCUUGCGGCCUCGGGUGCUGCUACUUGUCGGCCUAAUAAAGUUUUGGUUGGAUAUGCUAUAUUCACGGGAGCGAUAUCCGGUUUCGUCGACCUUUACCUCGCCAUAUACCCUACCAUUGUCCUCCUGCGUCUCCAAAUAACAUUACAGAAGAAGCUGGCUUUAAGUGCUGCUCUGGGGAUGGGUGCUGUUGCAUGCGCAAUGGCCAUCGUGAAAUGCUUCCAACUUCCCAGUCUGUAUAACACAUCAGACUCUACCUAUGCCACCGCCGACCUCGUGAUCUGGACUAGUAUUGAAUCUAACAUGAUCAUCAUGGCCUCAUGCAUCCCAACACUCGGCCCGCUGUACGAAAUGGCCCGGGGCAGACGGUCGUGGAGCUCGCGGCAGCGGUCGUACAAGAGCAGCGCAAACCAACUGCCCUCGACGUCAGGCGACCGGUAUAUGAAGAAGUCGGUGUAUAGCUCGCAGAAAGAUGCUGAUCUGUUUGAGACGAAUAUUGAUGCCGCACGGGAGGGAAGCCAGGAGAGUAUCCUUGGUUCAGACAAGGGGCAAAACAGGGGUGCAAAUGGCCGGAUUCAACGCACUGAUCAGGUUGUUGUUGAGUAUGAGAUGAGGCCUUUGGAUCGGCAGGGACAGCCGUCGUGGUGACGUGGAU